AUGGGCUGUGAAAGAAUAAUCUUAGAUUGUGAUCCAGGCGUUGACGACUCAAUUGCAAUUUUCUUAGCAUUAGCAUCACCAGAUAAAAUAAAGAUUGAUGCCAUUACGAUUGUAAUGGGCAAUAAUAACGAUAUUGAUUUACUUGCAAAUAAUGCAUGCUUAUUAUUACAAAUGUGUAAUAUGAGUUCAGACAUUCCUGUGAUUAAAGGUGCAAAUAAACCACUUGCUAGUGCCUAUCACGGUCAUUCCGGCAUUCAAGUGCAUGCACAAAAUGGAAUUGGGAAUGUAAAAUAUCCGAUAAAAGAUUUAAAUCAAAAUCCUGUUGAACAAUACAAAGAUGUGAAUGCUGCACAAUUUAUUGUUCAACAUGUCCUAGCGAAUCCAGGUGUAAUAACACUGUGUGCUAUUGGUCCGUUAACAAAUAUUGCAUUAGCUGCGUCAAUUGGUGGAGAGAAAUUUAUUAAAUCUGUUCGAAGACUGGUUAUUAUGGGUGGUUCCGUCGGAGGAUUUGGUAAUAAAACAGCUGCAGCUGAAGCUAACUUAGCAAAUGAUCCACAUGCAGGACGAAUUGUAUUUGAUGCUUUUAGCGAUAUAACAAUGGUUGGGUUAAAUUGCACUCGGCAACUACCAUUAAAUAAAGAAAUACGGAAAAAAAUGCGGAAACUACACGCAAUUGGACAAUUUUGUUUUGAUAUCACCGCACAUUAUACAGAAAUCUUGCAGUCAUGGAAUGAUUCACCGUGUUUCAAUGAUCCAACUGCGAUAAUGUAUUUAAUUAAGCCAGACCUAUUCGAAGGUCAACGUGCUUGCGUGGAUGUAGAAGAUAGUGGGAGAUUAACUUCAGGUCAAACGGUUGCUGACUGGACCGGUCGCUGGGGAAGACCAUUGCAAACGUUAGUAUUAACGAAAGUGGAUAAAAAUGGAUUCGCGAAGGAAUUGUUAGAUCGAUUAGCAAAAUUAACAAUGUUCAAACCAAGCUUAGAAGAUCAGAUGAAGAGAAUAGAGGAACAAGCUGACGUUGCAGAAAAAUAG